AUGUCUCACUGGAUUUGCUGUAACUCCUGUUUCAACACUCUUGCUGCCGACCGCAAACUAGCUGUUACAAGCUGUGGUCAUAUCAUAUGUAACGUGUGCUUCCACAAAGGAAAGGAAGGAGAAUGUCUAAUUUGCAAAGCAAAAUGUCAGCUGUCUCCACUCUCAGACAAAAGCAGCUCAGAAGUAAAAGCACUCUUCUUAGAUGUCAACUCUGUUGCAACCAAGUACUUCUCAGAGAUAAGUAAGGUCUUACAGUUCCAGGCAAGACACCAAAAAAGGUUACUGGCACAUUAUAAACAGAGGAACGGGAAGUUAGAGGAAGUUUUACUGAAAAUGAAGCAAGAGAUGCAACAAAUGGCAAAAAAGAUAACUGAGCAGAAAGCUUAUAUAUCAAAGUUAGAGAGCACUCUUCAACAUCAGAGUACAAGAGUGGCAUCACAGUCUAACCGAAGUUCUCACUCACUGAGUCUUUUAAAACCAGCAUUGUCAGUGCCACAGAUAUGCUGCAGUUCAUCCAAGUCUCUUUCACAGAAUUUGUCCACAUCAAGCCUGGUUGAAAACAUAGAAAGAAACACAAGAGGACCUUUCAGGAAGCCUGAGAUCUCUGUUAGUGUUCCACGGAUUUCUCUUAUCAGCCCUCCCAAAGAUGGCCAAAUGGGUACAGUUUCCCACAGAGCGACACACCAGAACACAAUAGGAUCGUCCUUUCACUGGCAGUAUGGAAUCUCAAGCGCUCUGAGGGACACUCUGAGAACUCAGUCCCCUAAUCUGGCUUCCUGCAAAGAGGCACCAUGGGAAAUGCCUGUUUUGAAAUUGCCAACUGCUUACAGAUACCCCUCCAUGUCUUCCCUUGGACCUCCUCCAUAA